AUGGAGAAGUUUGGAUUUCAUAAAGUUAGUAAUGCUAAUGCCAAUCCUGGCCAACCGACUAUAAGUCAUAGCCGUCCUAAUGUUGAUACGAGGGCAAUCACGUCUCAACAUCAACAGCAACCAACUAAUUAUAAAAGACAAUUCAUAGUUGAGCAAUGUCCUAACAAUGCUAUUGCCUUAUCUAAUUGUAUAGGUGUUCAUCCUGAUGAUUUCAAUCAAUUUGCUAAUCAUUCUCCUAUUUUAUUAGAUGGACAUUAUGUGGUGACCAUUGAAAAAUCCGAAUUAUCAAAACCAGGAACUAUUGGAUUAGCAGGUGAUUCAAGAAAAUGGGGUAAAUGGUCACUUGGACAAACUGUUCAGGUUGAAUCAUAUAAUAUAUUUCAAAACAAACUGGCUAAUCAAUACUUAGGAGCCGUUGAAUUAUUAGUUGAUUUUAGAUCAAAAGCAAAAGCUAAAAGUAUGAAUAUUAGUCAUGACGAAUUAGUUGAAGCUUUUAAAUAUAUAUGUGAAAAUCAAAUCUUACAACCUACUCAACCUAUUGUAUUGGAUUUCCAAGGUCUGGUCCUCCAAUUAUUAGUUAAUAAUGUUCAAGUGGUUGAUGUUAAUAAAGAUGAUAAUUUACCUACUAUUAAGGAAUCAAUCGAUUUAUCAACAAAGGGAAUAUUAUUAAGACAAACUGAUGUUAUAUUUUAUCCUAAUGAAAAAUCACUAAUUAAUCUUGUUAAGCCUGCAUCUAUCUUAGGUUUAAAAUUUGGAACUUCCCCUCAUCAUAGACCAAAACCAAGAAAACAAAUUAUAAAUCCUGAUUUCAAAUUAGAAGAUUUAGGGAUUGGUGGUUUAGAUAAUGAAUUUCAAGAUAUUUUUAGAAGAGCUUUUAAUAGUAGAAUCUUACCUCCUGAAAUUGCUGAAAAAUUAGAAAUUAAACAUUGUAAAGGGUUAUUACUUUUUGGUCCACCAGGGACUGGUAAAACUUUAAUUGCCAGAAAAUUGAGUAAAAUGUUAAAUGGAAGAGACCCAAAGAUUGUAAAUGGUCCUGAAAUGUUAAGUAAGUAUGUGGGUGAAUCAGAAAAUAAUAUUCGUAAAUUAUUCAAAGAAGCUGAGGAUGAAUUUAAACAAAAGGGGGAUGAUUCAGAUUUACAUGUCAUUAUUUUUGAUGAAUUAGAUUCUGUUUUCAAACAAAGAGGGUCAGCUAGAUCUGAUGGUACAGGUGUUGGGGAUAAUGUGGUUAAUCAAUUAUUAUCAAAAAUGGAUGGGGUUGAUCAAUUAAAUAAUAUUUUGGUAAUUGGUAUGACUAAUAGAUUAGAUUUAAUCGAUAGUGCAUUAUUAAGACCUGGUAGAUUUGAAAUUCAAAUUGAAAUUUCCUUACCAGAUGAAAAGGGUAGAAGAGAUAUCUUUUUAAUUCAUACUGCUAAAUUAAGAGAAAACAAGAUCUUAACUUCAGAUGUUGAUUUUGAUGAGUUAAGUACUUUAUCAAAGAAUUUCACGGGUGCUGAAAUUGAAGGGUUAUGUAAUUCGGCUAAAUCAUUUGCUAUUAGUAGACAUACUAAAUCAGGAGCUCUUGCAAAGAUUGACGAAAAGACAAUUAAUGAAAUGAAAAUCACUAGAAAUGAUUUCUUAUUAGCUUUAAAUGAAAUCAAACCUGCAUUUGGAACUGAUGAAGAAGAUUUGAAUUUAGCUGCUAGACAUGGUAUUAUUCAAUUCAAUGAAAGUAUCACUAAUAUCUUUGAUAAAGGCAGAUCUAUUGUUGAUUUAGUUAAGAACAAUGAAACUGAAACUUUAAGAUCAAUAUUAUUAUAUGGUUCAAGUGGAGUUGGUAAGACUGCCAUUGCAAGUACCAUAGCUUUAGGUUCAGAUUUCCCAUUUAUUAAAAUGCUUUCAGCAGAAAGUGUAGUGGGUAGAAGUGAAGCACAAAAGAUUCAAUACAUCGAUACUGUUUUCAGAGAUGUUUAUAAAUCUCCAUUAAGUGUAUUAGUGAUUGAUAAAAUCGAAACUUUAAUUAAUUUCGUUAAUAUCGGUCCUAGAUUUUCUAAUGAUAUUUUACAAUUAAUUUUAGUUUAUUUAACUAAACUUCCACCAAAGGGUCGUCGUUUAUUGAUUAUUGGUACUACAAGUGAAUAUUCCGUGUUAGAGAGAAUGAGUUUAGUUAAAGCUUUUACUGAUUUAAUUGCUGUACCAUCACUUAAGACAGUUGAAGAAAUAAGUAAAGUUAUGGAUAAGAUUUCAUUCAAGUCAAUUGAAGAAAGAAAACAAAUCUUGAAUGCAAUUUCAAGUUAUGAAAUUAAUAUUGGGGUUAAGAAAUUAAUUGAAGAGUUAAUGGUUAAUAAUUCAAGCGAUUAUAGUGUCGAUGAUGUUGUUCUUAAUUUAGUACCCAAGUUAACUCAAAUUUAG